AUGUCCCGCUUCCUGGCUGAACCCAUCACGACCAAGACGUCGGAGAGCGUGUCCGCGCCCGGCAUGUCCAUCGGCAAGUCCAGCAUGCAAGGAUGGCGUGACACUAUGGAGGACGUGGACAUUGUGCAGAUCCCAAUGCAUCCGGCCGUACCGGAUACUACCUGCGUCGCUGUAUUCGACGGCCACGGUGGCCCAUCCGUCUCGACGUACAUUGCGGAGAAGAUCGUUGGGGCUAUCACUGCAACCGGAGCCUUUAAGAAGGACCACAAGUCGCCGGAAUCUCUAGCUGUGGCUCUGUGUGAAGGUUUCAUGGCAGCAGACGAGAUGCUAAAGGAAGAUCCAGAGUAUGCUACGUCCUGUGACGAGGUUGGCUCUACAGGCCUGUUUGCCAUCAUUACACCGAGAGAUAUUGUCUGCGCCAAUGUGGGCGAUUCUCGCUGCAUUAUGAGCAACGCCAAGAUCGCGGAGGUGCUGCAGCUGUCUGUGGAUCACAAGCCAGACUUGGAGUUCGAGAAGCAGCGCAUCAUGGCUGCGGGCGGCACGGUGUUCCGUGGCCGCGUGUGUGGUGGUGUGGCUGUCUCGCGUAGCUUUGGCGACUUGUGGUUCAAGCGCAAUGCCGACUUAAAGCCCCACCAGCAGCUCGUGACGUCGGAGCCUUGUGUGCGCGUCCAGCGUCGUGAUCCAGCGGACGAGUUCCUCGUGCUGUGCUGCGAUGGUAUUUACGACGUCAUGAGCAACGACCAGCUGCGCAAAUUUAUUCGCAGCAAACUCAAAAACGGCGUCAAGAACCCCAAGGACAUUUCCGAGAUGCUACUGGACGAGUGUCUGUCCAAGGGCAGUCGCGACAACAUGAGCGCCGUCAUCGUGCUUUUCGAGGCCGCUCUCAAGAAGUAG